ACAUUGCUUUGUCUCUCAUCUUUCGUUUCAUUCACAUAUAAUCUUUCAAAUCUCUUCCUUUUUCUUUUUUCUUUUUCACUUCUUUUCUGUUUAAUUUCUUCUUUCUUCUCUUAGUUUCAAGAUAUGGGUUUUGAUUUGAGACAAGUAGUUGCUGGUAUCCUCACACUCACAAUGUUUGUCAUGCUUAUUCAUAUGAUUAAAAGGGAUCAUUUUGAUUCUGUUCAAGAUAAAACAUUUCCAGGAUCAACCGAGGAUGCAACCUAUGAAACUGUAAAGAUGGAUGCUACACAUGUAAGAAAGAAUAUAGGACUUUGGAAGGGAGAUACUGACGAGUUAAAACCCUGUUGGGUUAAGCCAUCUGGAGAUGAAGUGGAGCAGACGGAGGGAUUUGUUACCUUUUCAUUAACCAAUGGCCCCGAGUAUCAUAUAUCUCAGAUUGCAGAUGCGGUGAUUGUGGCUAGAAAUCUUGGGGCAACACUUGUUGUCCCUGAUAUCAGAGGAAGCCAACCUGGUGACAAGAGGAAUUUCGAGGACAUUUACGAUAUUGGCGUGUUCACAAAAAGCAUGGAUGGAGUGGUCAAACUGACAAAGGAACUUCCUGCUCAAGUAACAACAAGUAAAAUUGCUGCAGUGAAGGUCCCAAACCGGGUUACCGAAGAUUACAUAGCUAGACACGUGGAACCAAUUUAUAGAUCAAAAGGAAACGUAAGGCUAGCGACUUACUUCCCUUCAAUAAACAUGAGAAAGUCAGGGAAAAAAGGUGACACUGAUUCCAUUGCAUGCUUAGCAAUGUAUGGAAGUUUGGAGUUGCAGCCGGAAAUGCACGACCUUGUUGACUCAAUGGUUGAAAGACUCAGAACUUUAAGCCGAAAAUCAGAUGGUCAAUUUAUAGCUGUUGAUUUGAGAGUUGAGAUGUUGAACAAGAAGGGUUGCCAAGGAAACGAUGAUAGUGACGGUGAGAAGAGCUGCUUCAAUGCACAGGAGAUUGCUAUGUUUUUGAGGAAGAUUGGAAUUGAUAAGGAUACAACAAUUUAUGUGACGCAAUCAAGAUGGGAUGAUAGCCUUGAUUCUCUUAAGGAGUUUUUCCCUAAAACUUAUACAAAGGAAUCCAUCAUGCCGGCGGAUAAGAAAGCGAAGUUCCUAGAUUCUGGAGAUUCUGAAUUGGAGAAUGUGAUUGACUUUUAUAUUAGUACCGAAAGUGAUGUUUUCGUACCGGCAAUUUCAGGUCUAUUGUACGCAAACGUAGCUGGUAAGAGAAUUGGUUCUGGUAAAACACAAAUAUUAGUUCCGUCCGAAAUUUCAGAUUCAUCGGCCUCAGCCUCGAGUUUCUUGUCCCCUUAUAUCUCAAAGAAAAAUCACUUUGCAUAUUCUUGUUACUGUUAGUAGUUUGUUGCUUGCGAAUGUAACAAUGUAUUCGGUUUUUUAAGGGCCUAAGGUCUUUUGUUUGCAGAUUUUUAUGAAAUUUUCAGCAAAAAAAAAAAAGGAGUCAAGUGUUCACUAGAUUGAGGUUUUGUUAGCAUGUAUGUACACAGGGCUUUCUUUUUUUACAUAUUUGGCUUGUAAAAUUCUUGUUCUUUAUGAGUGAAACAAUCGAUACUGCAUUCAUUGA